AUGGCGUCCCGCGAUUCCCCCGGUUCCCCCCUUUCAUCAGUCGGUACCGCAGAUGAGUCCGACCACGAGUCCAUCAGACAUGAAAGCCGCGCGCAAUCCCCAUCAGCAUCAUCGAAUAUGCCUCCGUCAAAACGACGCCGUACAGGCGUAGCUUCAUGGGAUCGCAAUACUCCUCUUUCCUCUGUCCACGAUGACGUCCCUCCUCCAGCUUCGCCCACAGCCUCCAUCUCAUCCGAUAGCUCAGGCGACAUCCCAAACUCCCCUAGCCUGGCUGGUCUCCUUGGCAACAAUGUGGACGAGGAUUACAGCGGUCAAAGUACCGACCAGGUCACUGUAUGCCAGUGGGAUGGAUGCACAGUCGGUGACCUGAGCAACAUGGAUGGGUUGGUGCAGCACCUCCACAACGAGCACAUCGGGAGCCGACAGAAGCGGUACUCCUGCGAGUGGAUCGACUGCAGCCGUAAAGGCCAAACACAUGCCAGUGCGUACGCUCUUCGAGCUCAUAUGCGCAGUCAUACUCGCGAGAAGCCUUUCUACUGUACUCUACCCGAAUGUGACCGCAAUUUCACUCGCUCCGAUGCCUUGACGAAACAUAUGCGCUCGGUCCAUGAAAUCGAUUCCCUCCGCCAAGCAGAAGCAAAAGCUCAUGCUGCUGCUAAUGCCAAUUCCACUCCCACUGUCAGUAUUGCGCCAAGCGUUACUGGUACACCCGCCUCAAAGCUUCAGCGUAUCCGCUUGAAGCUAUCGCACCCACACAAAGACGGCGAAGCCGAUCAUCCAGACCAGAUCAUUUCGAUGAGCGCUGCACCGCUACCAGAACCCGACGUCGAAGAUACGAUGCCCGAGCUUGGUCCUGAGCUCGGACUCGAACCUCACGAGCUUGCGAUGCCGCCGCGCGAGCUGUACAGGUUGCUUCGGCGGCAGAUUCACUGGGCGGAGAAUGAGGGGUCUGAAUUACGUGCAGAAUGGGAGCUGCUUCAGCCUAGACGCGAGCGCGCGUGGAGAGAGAAGGAUGCCGUGUUCGAUGACCUCAUUGAGGCUGAACUCAAGCUAUUUAAUGUUCUGAUUGGCGAUUCAGAUGACGCGAAUGUGAACUUGAUGACCAGUCUUGAAAGACUUCAACAGCAGCAAGUCUUGUUCACGCGACAGCAGGAGGAUCUUAGAGCUAAGUCUGUGGAGAUGGAUGUGGAUGAUGCUGCAGCAGUCUAG